AUGGGAAUUUUACUUUGUGGCCACAUAUUUCCAUCAAUCUUAGAUACUGGGUUCGCGUACGAGGGUACUGAGGCGCAGGAUGGUUGGCAGGACGCAGAACCAGACCUCGGCGGUCAGAUGGCCAUUGCGGCCCAGCGCCGCAAAUUCGGACGGAGAGAGCAGAAGAGCACGAGACGGAGCGCGGUGCCAAACCGAAGAGUAACUUCGCCAAACCACGGAGCGAAGCUGAUUUCGUCGCCGCUUGUGCCGUGUGCGAGGUCGCGCUGGUGGUUCAUUCGCACUGACAUUGUUAUCGCGAGUGACAGGUUCAUCCCUCCAACGAACGAGGAUGCGGUUGAUUUGGAGUAG